AUGAAUUCUCCAACACUUUCUCAAGCUACAACUUCUAUAAACUCAACUGUGGAGGAUUCUAUAAUUCAUCUACUAAAUUCAAUACGUUAUGAAGUUGAAAGAAAUAAAUACCCAACGGAAUUAGAUUAUGAAAAAUUUAGAAAUAUACAUGAUACUUUAGAAAAAUUAGUUAGUGAAGAGCAUAAUUCUAUUAAGAAACGAAAAUUUAUGACUUUUUUACCAAUUAUAAAUAACUUUCGUUUACAAACAUUAACAUUAAGAAAGUGUAUAAAAUCUUGUGAAGGUGUUCAAGUAGAUCAAUAUUUAGAUCAAUUUGAAACUAAAAUUGCUAUGAUUCAUAAUGAAUCAUUUGAUGAAAUUAAUAGAAAAAUAUUAAUUAUUCUUGGUGGUGUUGAUGUAAUUGCGGAAAUUUUUGUCCUUGAUGUUAAAGUUUUUGGUAUUAAUAGUAGUUCUGUAAAUACUAGUAUAAGACAGUUAAUUGCUACAGUCCUUACAAAUAUGACUUUUGGCAAUAGAGAUAUCAAAAGGAAGUUGUGUUCUCAUUCUAAUUUUAUACAUACUGUUACAAAGAUUAUUGAAGAAUCUCAGGGUUUGUCUUUGGUUUAUGCAAGUUUAAUACGAAAUUUAUCUUGGAAAGCAGAUCAAGAAAUGACAGAAAUUCUUUCAGAGACUGUCUCUGCUUUGUGUAAAUCAGCUUUAAGGGCAUAUAUAUGUAAAGAUUUUAAAAGACUGUCUUCUUCUUUACAAGCAUUGUGGAAUUUAUCUGGAAAUUCUAUGGAUAAUAGAAAGACAAUCUGUAAUGAUCAUAAUUUUAUAGAUUUAUUAAUUAAUUUGUUAACUAUUGCACCACAACAAGCUACUCUUCUUGAAAGUGCUUCUGGUAUUUUAAGUUAUGCUUCAAUUUAUAUAAGUAAAAAUAAUUCUGUACUGUCUGCUACAAAGAAAACAAAAACUAUUCAAUAUUUAUUUAAUUUACUUAAAGAAAAGAUGCAACAUAAGAUACUAAAUAAUCAAAAUUGUAUGUUUUUAUUGAAUAGGCUUCGAAAUUCAAAUAGAGAAGAUAUUAGGAAUAUUGUUAAGAAACUUCUUAAUGAAGUUUAUAAUAAUUCACCUUUGUCAUUUGAUUGUCAUCUUCCUAAAAGUACAUAUACUUCACAUCAUAGUUACAUGUCAAGAGAUAAUGAAAUGACAGCUUCUUGUAACAAUCAUAGAUUAUAUGGAUCACAAUACUCUGAUAAUGGUAGAUUAUUACCCUUAAGAAGUACAUUACUACCAGCCCCUGUUCCUGUUUUUUCAUCUCCAAGAGGAAAUAUAAUGUUUAAGUCACAGAAUGAUUGUUAUAUGGAAUAUAAUGGUUUUAAAGAUCCCAAUAAAUUUAAUUUACCAUCACUGUCACCACGAAGUAAUUCUUUACCAAGACAAUACAAAGGAAGAAAUAGUAAAAUUAAUAAUGAAAUUACUAAAGGAACUAUUUCAUCUACUCCUAUGAAAAAAUUAGAUGAUGAGAUAGGUAAUUUACAAAUGAAUAAUGGGCAAAGUGAACAAUUAAAUGAUUCUGGUGAAUCAGAAAAUAGACUUUCUGAUUCUAUGCGUUGUACUAGAUCUUCAGUUGUCUCUUUUGGAACAGAUAUUCAAAAUCAAAGUGGAUGGGAGAGUGUCGUUAGUACAACUGAAAAUAGUGCUCCAACUUCACCAAUUUCAAUGAGAGAUAUUCCUGAUUCUCCAACUCAAUGUAUGAAACCAAAAUCUCCUAUAGAGUAUAAAAUAUUAUUAAAUAAUCAGGGACCAAAUUCUUUAACACCUUUAGCUAAUCAUCAACCUCCUAUAAAUUCUAACAUUAAAAUUAAUUCAAUUGAAAAUGAAUUAGAAGGUGGUGAUAUUGUAAAAAAUUUUAGAAACAUAGAUAAAUCAAAUGAUAGAAAUUCUCAUCUUGACAUUGAAGAUGAUUUAAAAAUUCAAAGCGGGUCAUUUUUGAAUACAAAUAAUGUACAAUUAUUAGAAACAAGUAUUGAAGCUUUUAUACCACCACCUUGUGCAUCAUCGUCGUUUACCGAGUUGUCAAAAUAUGACACAUUGUUGUCUCAAGUAAUUAAUGAAACUAUCCCUAAACCAUCAAAUGUCAAUGAACAAUUAUUUAUGAGUAAUAUUAAUUCAAUAAUUAAAAAUAAUAUAACGAUUAAUGGUAGUCAUUUUUUUAAUGAAGAAAAUAGGGAAGAUGGAAUUAAUAAAAUAGAAGGAAUCAUUUCAAAUAUGGUUUCACAAAUAUCAACUAACAAUCAAGAUAACGAAACGCGUAAUUUUAAUUUAUGUUCAUCUAACUUUUUGGAAAAUUCUAAUCAUUCUAUUGAAGAAGCCCGAUCAUAUUCAUCAAAAAAUGAUAACUGUUCCACAGAUGUUAGUAAAAUAUAUUCUAUCGAUAGUUUUGUAAAUGAAAUUACUGAUAAUACAUUUGAGUUUGAUGAUGAUGAUGAUGAUAAUGAUAAUUUAAACUAUUGUAAUGACGAUAUAAAUGCUCUUCCAUAUGACAUUGAGGAGUAUUCAGAAAUGGAUGAUGACAUUGUAAUAGAUUGUUCAAAAUUAACAAAAAAACCAACUACAUCUAUUAUUGACAAACAAAAAAAUACUAAAGGAUCAUUGAUACCAACAAUAGUUAAACCAAAAUUAAAUAAAAGUAAAGAAUUUUCUAAAGAAAUAAAACCAUUUAUGAAUAAAUCAAAUUUAUCUCCAUCAGCUCAUGUAUACCCAUUUAAUUAUAAAAAAAACGAAAACAAAGGAAUUGAAGAAACAAUUGUAGAAAAAAAGAAAGCAGGAAUGAUUGUUACAACUGUUUAA